AUGAGAUCUGUAUACGAUUUUGAAGAUGGAGAUGGAACCAACAAGAAGCUUCUUGGAGGAAAGGGAGCUGGACUUUGCACCAUGACCAAGAUUGGACUUCCAGUCCCACAAGGUUUUGUUAUCACAACCGAACAAUGCAAAGCUUUCAUUGCCAACAACAACAAACUCCCAGAAGGAUUGAUGGAAGAGGUCAAGAAACACAUGGCCGCUGUCGAGAAGAAAUCUGGAAAGGUCUUUGGAGGAGAAACCAACCCACUUUUGGUCUCCGUCAGAUCAGGUGCUGCUAUGUCCAUGCCAGGUAUGAUGGACACCAUCUUGAACUUGGGUCUCAAUGACAAGACUGUCGUUGCUCUUGCUAAGUUGACCAACAACGAGAGAUUUGCUUAUGAUUCAUACAGAAGAUUUGUUUCUUUGUUCGGAAGAAUCGCCCUCGGAGUUGAAGACGCCGUUUAUGACAAGCCCCUUGAAGAGAAGAAGGUUGCUAAGGGUGUUAAAUUGGACACUGAAUUGUCUGCUGAAGAUAUGAAGGAACUUGCUCAGAUCUACAUCAAGAAGACUGAGGAAGCCACAAAGAACGCUUUCCCAAUGUGCCCAUUCGCUCAACUCGAAUGCGCUAUUUCAGCCGUCUUCAGAUCAUGGAUGGGAAGAAGAGCUGUUGAUUACAGAAGAGAAUUCAAAAUCACUGACGAACAAGCUGAUGGAACUGGUGUCUCCGUUGUCUCUAUGGUCUAUGGUAACAUGGGCAAUGACUCCGCCACUGGUGUCUGCUUCACUCGUGAUCCGGGAACAGGUGAGAACGUCUUCUUCGGUGAAUAUUUGAAGAACGCUCAAGGUGAAGAUGUCGUCGCUGGUAUUAGAACCCCACAACCAAUUAACACUAUGGCUGAUGAUAAGGAUCUCCCAGACGCGUACAACCAAUUGUUGGACAUUAGAAAGAAGCUCGAGGGCUAUUUCCACGAAGUCCAAGAUUUCGAAUUCACCAUUGAAAAGAAUAAGGUCUAUAUGCUCCAAACCAGAAAUGGUAAGAUGAACGCCGUCUCAACCGUCAGAACCGGUGUCGAGAUGGUCUCUGAAGGACUUAUUACUAAGGAACAAGCCAUUUUGAGACUCUCCCCACAAUCCGUCGACCAAUUGCUCCACAAGAACAUCCCAGUCGACUUCAAGGGAACCCCAUUGGUCCAAGGACUCCCAGCCUCCCCAGGAGCUGCUUGCGGUGCUGUUGUCUUCGACGCUGAUGAUGCUGUUGAACAAUCCAAAGCCAAGAAGGUCUUGUUGCUCAGAGAAGAAACCAAGCCAGAAGAUAUUCACGGGUUCUUUGUUGCUCAAGGUAUCUUGACUUGCAGAGGUGGAAAGACUUCUCAUGCUGCUGUCGUUGCUAGAGGUAUGGGCAAGCCAUGUGUCUCUGGUGCUGAAGGUAUUAAGGUUGAUGUCAACAAGAAGGUUGCCACUAUUGGAUCAUUGACUGUCAAGGAAGGUGAUAUUUUGACCAUUGAUGGAUCGACUGGUAAGGUGUACCAAGGUGAAUUGAAACUCGAAGAACCAAACAUUGGAUCCGGAUACUUCGGAACUAUGUUGCAAUGGGCUAAUGAAAUCAAGAAGAUUGGUGUCUUUGCUAAUGCUGAUCUCCCAUCUGCUGCUAAAAAGGCUAUUGAAUUCGGUGCUGAAGGUAUCGGACUGUGCAGAACCGAAAGAAUGUUCAACGCCGUCGAGAGACUCCCAAUUGUCGUCAAGAUGAUUCUUGCUGAGACCAUUGAAGAGAGAAACAAAUUCUUGAACGAGUUGAUGCCACUCCAAAAGGAAGACUUCAGAGGACUUUUGACCACUAUGAACGGCCUCCCAGUCACCAUUAGAUUGUUGGACCCACCAUUGCACGAGUUCCUCCCAACCCUCGAGGAAUUGAUGAGAGAAAUCUUCGAGAUGAAAUUGGCUAAUAAGACUGAAGGACUUGCUGAUAAGGAAAGAGUCAUGAGAAAGGUCAAGGAAUUGAUGGAAGUCAACCCAAUGAUCGGUCACAGAGGUAUCAGACUUGGAACCACAAACCCAGAAAUCUAUGAGAUGCAAAUCAGAGCUUUCUUGGAAGCCACCGCUGAAGUGAUUAAGGCUGGUAUUAAGACUCACGCUGAAAUUAUGAUCCCCAACGUUACUGAAGUCAACGAACUCAUUCACUUGAGAAAGACUGUUUUGGAUAGAGUCCACAAAGAGGUUGAGACUAAGUAUGGCAUUAAGGUCCCAUUCAUGUACGGAACAAUGGUCGAGUGUGUCAGAGCUGCUUUGACCGCUGACAAGAUCGCCACUGAAGCCGAAUUCUUCUCAUUCGGUACCAACGAUUUGACUCAAGGUACUUUCUCAUACUCCCGUGAAGAUUGUGAGAACAAAUUCUUGCCAAAAUACGUCGAACUUAAGAUCCUCCCAGCUAACCCGUUCGAGAUUCUUGACAGACCAGGCGUCGGUGAAGUCAUGAAGAUCGGUGUCGAGAGAGGAAGAAAGACUAGACCAGACUUGAUCGUCGGUAUCUGUGGUGAACACGGUGGAGAACCAUCAUCCAUCGAAUGGUGCCACAUGAUCGGACUCAACUAUGUCUCCUGCUCAUCAUUCAGAAUCCCUGUUGCCAGAAUUGCUGCUGCUCAGGCUCAGAUUAGACAUCCAAAGAACUAA